AUGGUCACAUUUGUGGAACUCAAUCUCCAGUUCAGUGAGCUCCCUUCUGUAAGAACCCAGGCUGACUUUCACGAGAAGUGGAUCUAUGCACUCAGUCGUCUAGCAUUUGCCCAUCUCUUGUCAGAAAGACUACAGGACUGCUGGGUGGAAAAUAUGAAACUAAACCUCAAUCUGACCAACAGCCUCAAAGUUGACGCAUAUAUCUUUGACACUGCCCCCUGGCAGAUUUCAGCAACUGACAUGAUAGGCAUAGUCCUCGCAGGCUCUCAGACUGGCAUCCAGGCCCUGAGGGACACCCAGGCAUGCCUUUUGGCCCGGGCGGUGCCAGCUCUGAAGCUCCAAUCCAGGGCUGUUUUCUCUUGGCUAAGCAUGCGGAUCUCUCUUUUGGCAUUGGCUUGCCUGAUCUAUCCGCUGGUGCUGGUGUCUUUCAAGCAGAUGACGGAGUGGAUCCAGAGCUAUGCAUGCAACCUGCGAAAGCGGUCCGAGACCCUAAAGCGCCAAAGGCAUCUUGCAGAGGACCUCCUGCACCAGAUGCUGCCCAAGACGGUGGCCAAACAGCUAAGACAGCAGAAGCAUGUGGAGGCAGAGAGCUACGAGAAGGUGACUAUUUUCUUCUCUGAUAUUGUUGGUUUUACCUCUAUCUCGGCCUCCUGCACCCCUCUGCAAGUGGUGGAGAUGCUGAACAAUCUGUACAUGUGCUUUGACACUCGCAUUGACUCCUAUGACGUCUACAAGGUGGAGACGAUAGGGGAUGCUUACAUGGUGGUGAGUGGGCUACCGGAGAGGAACGGUGACAAGCAUGCUGACGAGAUAGCCAAGAUGUCGUUGGACCUAGUGGCGGCCGUCAGACAGGUGGCCAUCCCCCACAUGCCCAACAAAAGACUGCAGCUUCGAGCAGGCAUACACACAGGUCCAUGUGUUGCAGGUAUUGUUGGCUACAAAAUGCCCAGAUACUGUCUGUUUGGAGACACUGUCAACACAGCCUCCAGAAUGGAAUCCACCAGUCUGCCUCAGAGGAUCCAUGCCAGCUCAGCCACCUACCUGGCCCUGAUGAAAGAUGGGGCGUAUGAGCUUCAGCUAAGAGGAGAGAUCGAGGUCAAGGGUAAAGGCAAAAUGAACACAUAUUGGCUGAUUGGACACAAGAACUACAGUGUUCAGAAUGACAGCUUGGUGUGUCACUGGAAUCCCAAUCUAGCCCGCAAGAAGAAGACCCUGGUGGGCAGUGACAUAUCUAUGGCGAAUUCCUGUGUGACAGUACAGAGCAUCAGUGAGAACACUACCACUCCCGUGCCCCAGGGCUCUGAAGCCCAGCCAGGGUCCCUGUGUGUGUCCGUGUCCGCCCAGGUGGAGCACUGCCCCAGCAGCUUUGGCACCCUGGGCUCCAUGAUUGGUGGCCUACAAGGACUAGAGAGCCCCAGACGGGGGAAAGACCAAGAGGGGACAGGAGGAGACAAACCAGACCUUCUGCCUGGAUCUGUAUGCAUCCCUCAUAUCUAAUGAAGCGAUUGGAUAGUGAGACAGAAACUAAAGUUCAUUUGAUUUUAAAAGCAGUGGUUGAAAGCCUGAAUUGUUUUUGUUGAAGUAUAAGUUAUUUUAAGGAUUGUGUUGAUUUUCAGUAUGGGAACAAACCUGUAUUAUAACUUAUUACUAGUUCAUUUGACUGUUUGGUUAGUUGAGUGUUUCUCAAGCUAGGAGUCGGCAGACAUUCUAGCUGUUAGUGUUGGAGCAGUAACCAAAAGGUAACCUUGUAAAUUCAGUAUUUGUGCCCUUAAGCAAGGUAUUUAAACAUUGUCAGUCUGUAUGAAUGUGUCUUCUCAGUUUCAAAAAUGUAAAUCUAUGGUCCAAAGUGUAACCUUUUUUCUUCUUCUUGGUAAUAUUGCUCUGAUAUUUGAACUGCCUAUUCCUAAAAGAUAACAUUCUCAGGAACGCAUAUUUCCCUCUAUUCUUAAGCCCCAACGUAAUCAAAGGAACUUCAAACCAUAUUUCCUAAAGUUUGAAAUGCAGUCAAAAGAUAUUGUCAAAAGGAUUAUAGACUAACAUAAUGUAUUGUGUGUGCAUGUUGAGCGUGUGACCUUUUUGUUAGAAUAAAAAUAUUUUGUCAUUUAUUUCA